AUGAUAACAGAAAAGAAUUCUACAAAGUUCAGGUUACCGAAACCAGUGCAUGUGCUGAUUGAGAAUGACACUGUGCCAGAAAAUGAAAACAAAGAACUUAUUCAAAAUAAAAACAGUUUGACGAACACCAAAAUAAUAGAAAGUAGACCACGAAAUACAACUGAUUAUGAAAAAGGCCACAAAGAUAUGUGCAAGAAUUCAUGGCAAGAAAAUUACACCAAGCUUCAUCAGCAUUUGAUAGAAACGAACAAGAAGAAGUUUUAUAUAGUCGUAUGUCCAGGAGGGGGCUGGGGAAAUCGACUCAGAGAUUUAAUAAACUCCUUUCAUUUUGCAGUUGUCGCAAAGCGAGCAUUCGUUGUAUAUUGCGACAUUCCUAAUUCACCUUUGGAUAGGUUUUUAGCACCUCGAUACAUAAAAUGGAACUACAAAGUGAAUGAGACACAAUUAACUGUUAGACGUCGAUACAAUGUUAAGAUAAAUGAUAUAAAAGACGAUCCAAAAAUAUUCGAACAAAUGCUAAAUUACUCAGUGGAAUACGAUGUGUUAUACGAAGGAAACAAAAACCAAUAUCUUGCAAAUCUUCUCAAGUAUGACUUACCUGUUUGGCCUAAUCUUCGUCAGAUGAUGGGAUGUACCUUUUAUUACUUGUUUAAGAAAUCUGAUUUCUUGCAGAAACGUUUGGAUGAAUGGAAAGAAAAAUUAGGUUUCAACCAAAAUAUUGUUCUAGGUAUACAUAUUCGUCAAGGAGAUUCGGUGUUUCACCACAAUAGGCAAGAUACCAGAUUUAAAAAUACAAAAGAUAUUGAAGCAGGUUUUGAGUGUGCCUUGCAAAUCCAGAAGGAAAUUGAGAAGAAGUAUAAAACGGAUAAGGUAAUUUGGUUCUUGGCCGCUGAUUCUGAAAAGAUGAAAACAUUUGCUAAACAGAAAUAUGGCGAUAAAGUGAGAUGCAUUACUGGUGCUAUUGAACAUGUUGGACAUGUAACCAAAGGAAAUGAAGAUGCAGGACAUUUAUCAAUGUUUCUCGAUUUCUUUCUCUUGCAAGACGCUGACUACAGGCUUUAUCCUGGACCGUCUACUUUCGACAAUGCAGUAGAUUACAUAACGCUUGGCUCACAAAAUGCGGCUAGAGCUUUUUCACGUGGAAAAGUAGGUCCAUGUGUAAUACCACCAUCGUUGAAAGAUUAA